CCCUGGAUAUAUUGAUAACAAAGAGAACAAUGGGGAGAGGAAAGAUUGCAAUUCGAAGGAUCGACAACAUAACAAGCAGGCAAGUAACUUUCUCAAAGAGAAGAAAUGGACUGCUCAAAAAAGCUAAGGAAAUUUCAAUACUUUGUGAUGCUGAAGUUGGACUUAUUAUUUUCUCCAGUACAGCCAAGCUCUAUGAUUUUGCAAGCACAAGCAUGAGAUCUGUAAUAGAGAGAUACAACAAAGUGAAAGAGGAAGAUCAUAACCUCAUGAAUCCUAUGUCAGAAGUCAAGUUUUGGCAAGGGGAAGCAGCAAACUUAAGGCAACAGCUGCAUUACUUGCAAGAAAGCCACAGGCAGCUUUUGGGUGAAAAACUUUCUGGACUCAGCAUUAAAGAUCUGGAAAACCAACUUGACAUAAGUUUGAGAAGCAUCCGAAUGAAAAAGGAACAAACUUUAACUGAUGAAAUCAAAGAACUGAACCGGAAGGGCAGUAUCAUUGUUCAAGAAAAUAUAGAACUAAAUGAGAAGGUGAAUCUCCUUUAUCAAGAGAAGAUAGGAUUGCAGAAAAAGGUUUAUGGCACGGGAGGCAGAAAUGAAGCAAAUGAGACUCCUGCUACAAACGCAAUCAGCAAUGGAUAUAAUUUUAUCAAUCUCCAGCUACGCCAGCCACAAGGACAGAGGAAUUACACAUCAUCAAAUGCAAUGAAGCUCGGGCUACAACUGCAUUACAAAGCAGAUUGACAGCUUUCUGUUCUAUCUCAACAAGCUCAACAGCUACGAGAUAGUUAUAUGAAUGACAUUCUUAAACAACAUAGAAGGAAGAAGUUCAUCAAUAGAGAGGCAACAACGUCGGCUCUACCAAUAUAUUGAAUGGCUUUACAAUCUUUAUAAACAUGCAGAAGUUAAUAUAUACAA